AUGAUAGUCCCCGACGGCGAGGCCAUGCAGCCUUCAAAAAUCCCUUUCUGGCGCCUGAUCUUCGACCAAAAGGUGGUCACCGAGGAAGUCAUGCAAUUCCCAUACAAAGGGUCAGGCACUGAAGACCACCCAUACGCCGUGAUCUGGAUCCCUGCUGACCCGCGCAACCCUAUGAACUUCCCCCCAACCAGGAAGUGGUCUAUUACACUGCUUGUGUCAUUCGUUACUCUCGCAGUGUCAUUGGUCUCAUCCGCCUUUUCAGGUGGAAUGAGACAGAUCAUGGAGGACUUUGGUGCGGCCCAGGAAAUCGUCAUUCUCGAUGUUCGGCGGAAGCAUAUCUUUACCAUCUCGUUUAUGUUUCUCACCGUGUUCAAUGCCGGCGCGGCGGGUGCAAAGAAUAUUGAGACGCUCAUCAUCCUGCGUUUCCUGGCGGGUUCCUUUGGAUCAUCGCCGUUUGGAAAUGGAGGCGGCACUAUUGCAGAUAUGUUUCCAGCUUCUCAGCGUGGUAUCGCUAUUAGUCUUUUUGCUGCUGCACCCUUCCUAGGACCGACACUAGGCCCUGUUAUUGGAGGAUUCCUAGCUGCCGCUGCCGGCUGGAGGUGGGUGGAGGGACUACUUGCUGCAUUCUCGGGUGUGCUCUGGCUAUGUAUCAUAUUCUUGUUACCAGAGACAUAUGCACCUGUCCUAUUGCGCCGUCGUGCCGAAAAGAUGUCUGCCCUGACUGGCAAGGUGUAUCGCAGUCAGCUUGACAUCGACCGUGGCCCCGCUCCUAUGGGCAAGACGCUGAAAACCGCGCUUUCCCGCCCGUGGGUUCUGCUAUUCCGUGAGCCAAUUGUGCUACUUUUCUCCAUCUAUAUGGCAAUCAUCUAUGGCACGCUCUACAUGCUCUUCGCCGCCUACCCAAUCGUCUUCCAAGAAGUCCGCGGCUGGAGCGAAGGGGUCGGCGGUCUUGCCUUCCUCGGCAUCCUCGUCGGUAUGGUGAUGGCCGUGGUAUACACAUUCCCCGAGAAUUUCCGCUACGCCAAAAAAUGCAGCGAGACCACUGACCGACUCGCUCCCGAGCUGAGACUACCCCCAAGCAUGGUCGGAGGUAUAGCACUACCAGUCGGCUUAUUCUGGUUCGCCUGGACGAACUCGCCUGACAUCCACUGGAUGGCCUCAGUCGCAGCUGGAGCGCCCUUUGGUUUCGGCAUGGUCCUUGUCUUCCUCAGCGUGUUCAACUACCUUAUCGACUCAUACACGAUAUUCUCUGCCUCCGUGCUAGCCGCAAAUUCCGCCCUCCGCUCGCUGUUCGGCAUGGCCUUCCCGCUUUUCACAACCUACAUGUACCAUAACCUGGGCAUACACUGGGCCUCGUCGGUUCCAGCCUUUUUAGCGCUUGCAUGCGUGCCAUUCCCAUUCAUAUUCUACAAGUAUGGCGCACGCAUUAGGCAGCGCUGUACAUACGCUUCUGAGGCGGACGCCUUUAUGCGCCGCCUUGCUGAGAGGAACCAGGCGGUCCGCCGCGAGGAGCCUGACUCGGGGAAGGGUGAUAAGACAGACUCGGUCACUCGGGUAUCUGACGAUGCCGACUCGAGUGAUACUGAUACUUUAUCCACUGUUCCGUCUCGUACGAUCGCGCGUUAUGCGUCCCGCGCAUCUCGGCAAUCUGGCCGGUCUUUGCAUCGUGUUGCAACUGCGACACAGUACGAGGAAAACCCUUAUGACUUGGAUCUGGUCAAUACCCGACAGUCGGCUAUCAGCCGCAAGGAUUGA